AUGCUAUCUCAACACCUGCUUUCCAACGGCUUUAUCCGAGGAAAGGCGGAUGCUACACUCUUCACUAAGGAGGUUGCUGGUCAUCUGCUUAUCGUUCAGAUAUAUGUUGAUGACAUUAUAUUCGGGUCAACGAACGACGAGCUCUGCAAAGAAUUCGAACAAGUGAUGAAGCAAAAGUUUGAAAUGUCGUCAAUGGGAGAGAUGAUGUUCUUCCUAGGGCUACAAGUUGAUCAGAUGCCAGAGGGAACUUUCAUACAUCAAACGAAAUACGUCCACAAUGUUCUGGAGAAAUUUGGGAUGUCCGAGACUACUCCGAUGGCCACCCCGUUAGCAACUAAUCACGGUAUUAAACCUGAUCUCACCGGAGCGAAGGUCGAUGAGACGCUAUACCGUUAG